AUAUAAAUAGGUGUUAGGUAGCAAAGUUAGUUCUAAGUUAGCUCUUUAACUAGUCUAAGUAGUGGUUUAAAUUUUAAUAACGAUCGUUUCGAACUUAAAUGAAGUUUUGUCAAGUUUUAACUGCAGGCAACUUAACGUUGGUUGUAAUUACACCUUAAUUGAGUUGACAACAGUUUAAACUUCCUAAUUAGAGAGGGUUAAUUAGUGCAAUUAGUACCUGUAUGUAAUAAAAGACCCUUUAGAUUAAUGAAGAGGAUAUUAUACCUAGUAAAAUGUUUCUUACAAGCGAAUAUCGCGUGGAAAUUUAGAUUUUUUUCCCGUGACGUUUCAGACAUCAGAUUUUUUCUCAGAUCAGGUGGAUCAGAGGAGGAGGGAUGGAUCAGGAGGAUCACAUCAUCAGAUCAGGUCUUAGGUUUGGAUCCCAGAAAUAUGGGCCUGCGUUUUGUAGAUUAGUUUCUCCCUGCUGAGCUAAAACUUGGGACUUUUUAUGCAGUAGUUUGCAAAUUUUAAUGGUGCCACUGUUCAAAUUAUAUCGCAACAGAAUAGUUCAUUGUAUAAGCUCCUUAAACGUAAAUCCUUUAAUAAAUCCAAGCUUUUAAUAAUUAUCCGUAAUAAGUUCAGAAACUAAGCUCCGCCGUUGUCAUUUUGAGACAAGCUGGUUCACCAAAAUGAAGUUCCCGUGGCGUCGAGGUGGCAUGAGGCCUAAAGAACCUCUGUCGACAUUGGACUCACUGCCAAUAAAUAACUACACGCAUUUCUUAGAAAUACCCUUGAAGAUAGUAGGCUGCUGGGACUGGUACGACCACCCAAAAUCAGAAAAAGAAAUCAUCAUCAACAACGUGUAUUUCUGCAUGGUUCUAUUUGUCCUCAUCAAUGUCCCAGCAACUUUGUAUAUCCACUUGUAUACAGAGUGGGUAGACGUCAUGACCAGCCUGGACAAACUGGCUGACUGCCUCCCUUUUGUGGUCUCGAUUAUCAUUGUUGUAUACUUUGGGUUGUAUAGAAAGGAGUUGUACGAAUUGACGAAGUUUAUGCAGCGUAAGUUCCACUAUCGUUCGGCGAACGGCUUGACGAACAUGACGAUGCUGAACAGCUACAAGACCGCGAGAAAUUUUGGGUACUUUUAUACAGCUUGCACCAUGUUCAGUGUGUCUAUGUAUAUGAUACCGGAGAUUGUGAACCGAUUGAAAAGACAGCCUCUGCAGAGCUAUAUGUACAUGGACGUGACGAGGUCUCCGUUCUUCGAGUUCACUCUCUUGCGGCAGUGCGUUGCGCAGGCGUUCGUUGGACUGGCCAUGGGACAGUUUGGAGUAUUCUUCGCGUCCAACGCGAUUCUUCUGUGCGGUCAGCUGGACCUGCUAUGCUGUAGCCUACGCAAUGCGCGCUACACCGCACUCUUGCGAUGCGGCGUGUCGCACCGCAGCGUGGCGGCCGCGCACAGCGACAUACAGGGCGACGAGCUGUAUAACUACAUCUACAAUAUUGCUGAGAUGAGGCAGUCGAUAUACCAUUAUGAUCAGAGGAUGAGCUACGAGAUAAUAAAUAAACGAUCAUCUUUUGACAUCUACAGCAGCGAGUUCGACGCGGCGACGUGCGAGGCGUUGCGUGAUUGCGCACGCGCCUGUGACGUCAUUAACACGUUCAAAGCCAAGUUCGAGAGCUUCGUGUCGCCGCUGCUAGCGCUUAGAGUGGUGCAGGUCACUAUGUACCUCUGCAUGCUGCUGUAUGCUGCGACCUUGAAAUUAGACAUGGUGACGGUGGAGUAUUUGGUGGCUGUUGCGCUGGACAUCUUCGUGUACUGCUUCUAUGGCAACCAAAUUAUUAUACAGGCGGACCGCGUAUCCACCGCAGCGUACCAGAGCUCGUGGCCGACUAUGGGAGUGCGCCCGCGCCGACUGCUGCUUAACAUUCUCCUCGCUAACAAACGCCCAGUGGUUGUUCGCGCGGGGAACUUCUUGUCUAUGGAUCUCCACACUUUUGUCGUGAUAAUCAAGACAUCUUUCUCUUACUACACUUUAUUAGUAAACGUAAAUGAAAAAUAAUAUUACUCAUUGCAUUUACUUUGAAAGGGCUUUGUAUUUAGAGGCUUAUUUAGUUUAAAAAAUUGUAUC